AUGUAACCUAAAUGCGAUCCAAUUUAAGACAGAGUUGUAAAGUAUAUUCCAUUACUCACUUUGAGACUUUUCAAGCUGGACCUGUUGUUCCCCUGUAAAAUUGAGAUUAGAAGCACUCUUUAUUUAAAGGAAAAUCUGAUCAAAGAAUUUGGAAAAGUAAAUUAAAAGUGA